ACCGCCAUUGUAGCCACUCUCUGGUGCUACUAUCAAAGACAGAUCUUGUCAUCAUAAAGCUACAUAGAGUUCUACCGUCACGUACAGGUAGGCCUGUACUUCACUAUGGACAUAACCUCAAAAGAAAAACGCCGCUAUUCUGUGCUUAUCAUUAUUCUCGGAGUCAGUGUGGUUGUUUUGGUUUGUGUUGGUGUGAUUGUUGGUUUAUACUUCGGUCAGUCAAAUGAGGAAAGCAAUGACAGUCCAUCAGCUGAACUACCUCAUGGUGUAUAUCAACACGCUGCAGUAGCAACAGACAAUGCUCAAUGCUCACAAAUGGCAAGGGAUAUUCUGUUGGAUGGAGGGUCUGCAGUGGAUGCAGCAAUUACUGCAGCAUUGUGUCUUGGAGUAACGAAUCCACAAAGCUCUGGGCUAGGUGGUGGGUUAUUCAUGGUAGUCUACAAACGGAAUGAGAAGAAUGUUACAGCGAUGAUCGCAAAUGAAAUCGCACCAGCGGCUUCGUAUUUCGAUAUGUUUGUAAAUGAUACCGACGAGGCCAAAUACGGAGUGAGAUCUGUGUCAGUACCGGGUGAGUUAGCUGGUUUGUGGGCAGCUCAUCAGAAAUAUGGAAUCUUAUCAUGGGAACGCCUUCUCAGACCUGUCAUCUAUAUAGCAGAGAAUGGAUUUCCCCUGACAUGGCACACUGUGUACACUCUGCAAAUACUGGAGAAGAAUUUUGAUAAAUAUCCUGCUCUUAGGGAGCUUUAUACAAAACCCGACGGCUCUUUGAUGAAGGCGGGUGAUAUCAUCAGAGCACCUGUUGGUCUGAUUAACACAUUACGAGAGAUCGCCACAAAAGGAGCUUCAGUCUUCUAUCAGGGAGAUGUGGGUCAAAAGUUAGUUCAGGACAUCCAAUCAGGAGGUGGAAUAAUUACAAUGGAAGAUUUAACCAACUACGUCGUUUCGUGGGAGCAACCAUCCGUGCUGAAUCUUGCUCAAUACAAAAUCAUGUCAACCUCGAUCCCAUCCAGUGGGGACCUUCAACAGUUCACUGUCAGUAUACUUCAAAAAUGUAAUCUGGGAAUGGUCGACUUCGACACAUUCGAAGGAAAGCUGAAACUGUACCACUAUUUUAUUGAAGCCAGCAGCUUUGCUAUCGGGUUCAGACUUCAUAUCGGCGAAGCAGAUACACAGGAGGUUCACAGGACACUUGCAGCUUUAUCCUCCAGUGAUUAUGCUCAGCAUAUCUGUUCAUUGAUCAAUGCUACCCACGUAACAUUCACAUCAAUAAGUGAUUAUGACACUUAUGAUGAUUUACCAUCAUCUAAAAGAGCUGUUCGUCACCAAUACCCCGAAGCCCCGAGUGGGGAACCCGAAACACCGAAUGAAGAUCCCGAAGCACCGAAUGAGGAUCCCGAAGCACCGGCUGAGGAUCCCGACGCCAUGCUUGGGGAUACUAGUCACUUGAGCGUCCUGGCAGAAAAUGGUGACGCUGUAUCUUUGACAACCACAGUAGGAAAGUACUUUGGAGGUAGAUUUUUCUCAAACCAGACGGGUUUAUUUCUCAACGAUCACAUGGGCAACUUUUAUUACAAUGGCCGUACUCCACCAUGGGAAGCGAACAAACUAGAGCCUGGUCGACGCUCAAUGUCAACGGUGUGCCCCACGGUCAUUACAGAGGAGGAUGGGUCGGUGAAGGAAAUUGUUGGGACAUCUGGUGGAUUACGUAUUAUAUCAACAACUGCUUGGGUAAUGUUCCGCAGUCUUUGGAGUCAACAUGAGAAUGAUCUAGAUGUUGUGAUUGAAGAGCCGAGAUUGUAUCCGUAUAGCACUAGUCAUAAGAUAUACUACGAGAACGACUUCCCACAGGAUCUUUUGGAUGGGCUGAGGUCUAUGGGUCAUAACAUGGUAUCCACUACAUCAUUUAGUGUAACUCAAGCAAUCAUAAGAGAUGAUGGUAUUAUACAUGCUCAUUCAGAUUCACGUAAGAAAGGUGAUACGGCUGGUUAUUAGGCAAAUAGUCAUUGAUCAUCUUAAAGUCACCUGGAAGUGGUAUUUUUUUCAAAAUCAAGCUUUUGUCACUAAUAUAUGUGUUUUGA